CUCUCAGGCAACCCACCAGCCCGCCACACUGUUCCUACCCAUUUGGACGGUUAACAUCAGUCAGCCACACGCACAAUCACAAUGCCAGCAGUGAGGGCUGAAGUGAAGGGCGAGUCGUCCACCGCGGCGUACAAAGCCGUCACUGCCCAUGCGAAUGCAGAUGACAGCCCCGCGUACGAGCUGCCAUGGGUAGAAAAGUACAGACCCGUUUUCCUCGACGACGUUGUCGGCAACACAGAGACGAUCGAGCGGUUAAAGAUCAUUGCCCGCGAUGGCAACAUGCCGCACCUCAUCAUCUCGGGGAUGCCCGGUAUUGGCAAGACGACCAGCGUUCUCUGCCUGGCAAGGCAAUUACUGGGCGAUUCAUACAAGGAGGCCGUGUUGGAGCUGAAUGCCAGUGACGAGAGAGGCAUCGAAGUGGUCCGGCAACGAAUCAAGGGGUUCGCGCAGAAGAAGGUCACUCUCCCCGCGGGGCGGCACAAGAUCGUGAUCCUCGACGAGGCGGACAGCAUGACCUCGGGCGCGCAGCAGGCCCUGCGGCGGACGAUGGAGAUCUACUCGAAUACAACGCGCUUCGCGUUUGCGUGCAACCAGUCCAACAAAAUCAUCGAGCCGCUGCAGUCGCGCUGCGCCAUCUUGCGGUUCGCCAAGCUGACCGACGCCCAGGUGGUCAAGCGGCUGCUGCAGAUCAUCGAGGCCGAGAAGGUCGAGUACAGCGACGACGGGCUGGCGGCGCUCGUCUUCAGCGCCGAGGGCGACAUGCGCCAGGCCAUCAACAACCUGCAGUCGACCCACGCCGGCUUCGGCUUCGUCUCGGGCGACAACGUCUUCAAGGUGGUCGACUCGCCGCACCCGAUCAAGGUGCAGGCCAUGCUCAAGGCGUGCUACGAGGGCAACAUCGACGCCGCGCUCGACUCGCUGCGCGAGCUCUGGAACCUGGGCUACUCGAGCCACGACAUCAUCAGCACCAUGUUCAAGGUGACCAAGACGAUCCCCACGCUGAGCGAGCACGCCAAGCUCGAGUUCAUCAAGGAGAUCGGCUUCACCCACAUGAAGAUCCUGGAGGGCGUGCAGACCCUGCUGCAGCUCAGCGGCUGCGUGGCCCGGCUGUGCAAGCUGAAUAUGGACCCGAAGAAGUUUGAGCUGCCGACGAAGUGACGAGGCCAAUAUACCAAGAUACCCCAUGGCGUUCCCUCCUCCGCCUCAAGAU